CUUUAGCCCAUUCGUUUGUCUGAUUUAUGUAGUAGUUACAUAAUUUAAAUAAUGUCCUAUUGGACAUAUGAUUUUAAUUAUUUAAGUAGUGCCAAUUCUUCGUGUUCAAAGUUCGAUGCACGCCCUUGAAAUGGUCUCGGUGUAUUCGGUAAAUUCAGUGGACAAAUAUUUAUUGAUUUCGUUUGUAAUAUAUAUUAGAGAUACAUCAUGAGCAAUGUUAGAUUAUGUUAUAGCAGUGCUCAUGAAAACAUGGAUACCCGAACAUCAUAUUUCUGUUACAUGAAGAACCUAAUGAUUAUUGUAGGAAUUUGGGGAUUAUUCGAUAAUAACAUAUCAAAAACCAGAAAGAAGUUGUACGCUACUUAUUCUGUAUUGUUUCAACUCGUAUAUCUAUCAGCCAUGGUGUCAUUAAGUGCUGAUUUACCCAGUCUGCUCAAAACAAAUCCUUCGAUAGCAAUCGAAAAAAUGGGAAGAUUUAUAUUUUGUUUUGUAAUGACGAUCAAAAUGGCAAUGUGUCGCUCGAAAGGUGUGCUCAACCUGAUCAAAGAUGCUCUGCGACAAGACCGAGAAUUGUCUGUUCAAGAUGAUCCCGAAAUUAGAAAUAUAUACAAGUGGCACAUUAAUUUCGACAACAAACUAAUUUCCCUGAUUGUGAUGUCAGCGAUCCUUGUGGGACUUUCUGUUGCUGUUAUUGGUGAUGCGGAUGCAUUGAGGCGGUUUAAAAAAGGCAACGUAACCCAUUUGUCUUUACCCAUGCAUUACUGGUAUCCCUUUGACACAGACAAGCACCUCACACUUGCAAUUAUAGAUCAAAAUAUCCGUCCUAUCUUGGUGCUGUUUUGUCUUGGUGUGGUGAGCGCCUUUGUCAAUUGCUUGAUAAUUUUUUUGAGGGUGCAGUUGAUGGCACUACAGUUCAAAUUUAGAAAUUUCGACAAGUAUCGAUCGCAUCGGUCACCGGAGGAUGUCUUAAAACUACUAUGUCUUAAACAUCAAAAAUUAAUCGAGUGCAUCGGACAAUUUAAUGGCUCCUUAAAAAAUAUAAUCUUAUUGGACUACACGAUGGUGUCAGUCACGUUUGGAACGGUAAUCCUUCAAAUGACCGCGAAAAGUGAUAUUGUCGUCAACAGUAUGACAUUAAUAUUCACAACAAUACAGUUGCUCGCAUUUUCAUGGAGUGCGAACGAAAUCAUUGUGCAGAGUACGGAACUAGCUGAUGCACUUUUUGAAAGCAACUGGUACGACCAAAGCAAACGAACCAAAAUGCUGAUUCAAAUUAUGAUGAUGAGAUGCCACAGACCGCUCUGUUUAAGAAUCGGUCAAUUCGGGUUUAUGGAUUUAAAUGCAGGCAUGUCGAGACUUAAAUUGGGAUAUUCAUAUACAUCUAUCAUGUCCAAAUCAGAAUGAGUCAAAAGAAGGAGAAAGCACAAUUUUUCUCUGAAAAAAAAUUGUAAUAUAAGGCGGAAAAAAUGCAUUAUUGGUUAAAUCAUUAUAGUAAAGAAGUAUACACCUUAAUUAUAUUCUAAUAUUUCACUUAAAUAAUAACCAACAUUUUUGGUACUAUCCCAGAAUAAACGCUGUACAAUAAAUUUUAAAAUAUUUUAUUUGCAAUUGCACAAUAAGACUCCCUACUUUAAAAUACCCAAUUAUGCAAAUACCCAAUAAUGAUACCAGACAUUAGCUUCGAGCCACAGACAUUUUCGGUACUUUGAGAGCGAUAGAGUGUUUUCGGUCGAGUUUAAUCGUAUGGGCUGAAUUGAGUUAAGAUAUAAAACAAAUUGAGAAAACUUAAAAUUUAUGUCUUUUUUUUGGCAAUGAAGAUACUAACUGAAAACUCAAGAAAUGUAUAUCUGGUAGACGAUUUAGUUUGGUUUGUUACCUGCUGAAGGACCCAUUUUUGUUCAGCAUUUUCAUGAAACGGCUGACGACAGUAAAAGUUUGCAACUUAUACAGUAUGUCACAUUUUAUAUUUUGGCAAACUAACUACAGAUUUGAAAUUUUGCACUGUCAUAUACUUUGAUGGUUCACAUCUUCAAGAUUCUGAACUUAAAUAGAACCAAUUUUCGACAUAUUCAAAGUUGUUACGAAUAUUAUUCUAACCCCAAAUACCUAUGCCUGCACAAAAUUAUCAAAAGUUAAUUUUUUAAUUCGAUAAACUAUCAUUAAUAUCAAUCAAUAAAUUUUGAGUUUAUUACAAUGAGUUCUAUUUAGUGACCACCGAAUUAAAAUGGCGUUUACUUUCAUAAAAAAAAUCAAAAUAAUUCGUUUGGUUGGUAAUUUUGCUUGUAGCAGAGCUUAACAGCAGACAUCCGCUACGUGCUCUGAUUAGACAUGGAAAAGAAGCUGCCAAGCUUUCAUGAGCUUUCGAGAUUUAUCAUCUCCGCUGAAUAUUAGUUUAGACAAAACCAGAAGAUGUUUUAUCCGUCAAAAAAUCAACCCCUAUAAACCAAAGUUCUUACAUAGAUUAAAACAAGGCGAUGAGGAUAAAAUAUUACAUUAUUAUGAUUGGGCUCAAGGUAAUUUUUUUAAAUAAGGAAGAAGAUUAUCUUUGCCGAUAAGGCUACAUUCAUCAGCAAUAGGGUCGUAUUAGCUCAAAAUUGUAGGACACUGGGCCUGAGAUAAUCCAGACUGGGUUAAUUGUAAAAAUCAAUAUUCCCAGGAAGUCACUGUCUAAUGAAUCAUUUCCAUCAUCAAAUGCUGGUCGUCUAGUUCACUUUUCUUAUGGGGAAUUAUGGGUUGCUAUAUACAAUACAAUCUUCCUGUCAAUAUGUGACAGGUUAUGUACAUAUAAGGUGUGUUCAAAAAGUGAGGUAACUUUUAAAUGUUGUCUCCCUCUCAGGUAUAACACACUUGUUCGAACGUUUUUUCAAUCCUUGAAGCACUUCUGGUAAGCAUUUUUUAGUAUAGCCUUGAGUUCUUCCAGCGAUUUUUCCUUAUCUGCUCUAUCGUUUCAAACCUCCUUCCUUUCAUAAGUUUUUUGAGUUUUGGGAACAGGAAAAAGUCGUAGGGGCUCAUAUCUGGUGAAUAUGGUGGCUGACGCAUAAGCGUAUUUGUGGUUUUCUUCUUGGCCAUAAAGUUAGACGUAAGACACAAGGAUAAGUGAGCAGGAGCAUUAUAGUGAGGCAGAAUCCAAGAAUUUUUUCCCGCAAUUCCGGACGUUUUCUUCGUAUUGCUUUUCGCAAAUGGCGCAUUUAUUGAUGUGCAUUGCCACGAUAAUCAAAAAAUACAGUAAGCAUGACCUGGACAUUUGAUCGAACUUGACGUGCUUUUUUCGGUUUUGGCGAUCCUCGGUUCUUCCAUUGGGACGACUGGGUUUUGAUUUCGACGUCAUAACCAUAAACCCAUGACCGUUUUGAGCAUAUCAAAAUGUUUCGGAACAAAUUUUGCUUCUACAUAUUUCGUGCCCAAAACUUCGAAAGAAAGUGCAUGGCACGAGCCAAUAGAGAUGCCGACGUCUUCAGUCACUUCUGAUUCGACGAUUUUUCAACACCAUUUGUUUCACUUCUUCUAUGCUUGUAACAGUUAUUGACUUGCUGUGGCGUAAAGAGUGAGGUUGGUCAUCAGCGUCUUCUCGGCCAUCUUGGAACAGCUUAUAAAUAUAUUUUUUUUACUCAAAGUAGAUUCACCAUAUGCCCUUGACAACAUUUCAACUGUUGUGCAGCUCUGUACAGCAAAAAAUCGCCGAGCACAAAAACACGUUUAACGCUUCUGUCUCACAAAAUAAGUAAACGUGCAAACUGACUAAAACUGUGAACAUAUGUUAGGGACAUGUGUACUAACAUAACAAAAAAAAUAUCGAAGCUCGAGUGUACAUCAUUUCGAAAAGUAAGUAAAAUUUUAAUAUAAGAUAAAUUUCAAACUUACCUUAUUUUUUUGUCUUAGAAUUGAUAUCUGAAUAAAAAUAUAGUGUGCUCCAUUUGAAGAUCUUGAAAUUGUGUUAACUGAAUUCAUCAAAACGGCACCACCUAUUUGGGACACCCUGUAUACGCCGAGGGGCAUCUGUAAAUCUGAUUGAGUAGUACAUCAUCUCCUUAGUCUGUGGUGAAAUUUACCUUGCAAUACCUGGAUCAGUAGCGUCGUAACACAAUUUUAUAUGGGGCAAUCAAAACAUAAAAAAAACAUAACCCCAAUUUCUGCCUAAACUAUGCAAAAUUUUAAUAGGAAUUUCUUAAGAAAGUGACCUUUAUUUUAACCAAGGAUUGAUGUUGAUGUCGCGAGGGACACUUUUGGGACAACCUGUAUCAACAAAAUUAUAAUAUUUUAAAUCUUCAGGAGGGUCCACUUUUGUACGAAACUUUUUUCUAUGGGUUUCGUCGUUUUAUUUGGCACACGGUGUACGUAGACAGGCCAAUUACAUAAGUCACCUUACUUUUUGAACAUACCUCGCAUUUCGAGCUACAUGGUGCUUCUAAUCACAAUUCAAGGAUUGUUCGUCAAUGGUGAAGCUAGAAAUUUCGUAUUCGCUGAAUAGGAAGAAACAGUCCUUUUGAACUCUGGCUUCUAGAUCUCCUGAUAAUACACCACUCGAUUUUUAUUUUUGGAAAGUGGUAAAUUGAAGAUGGAGAUGUGGGCCAUAAUAAAACAAGCAUUUCAAAAAAUUAGCAAGCAUUGGGCGAGUAUCCAGACAGAAUCUUAAAAGAAUUCGAGCCAGAUGACAUUUGUUAAAUUAUCAUUUGGCCUAAGAAGGUUAAUAUUGUAAUUAUUUUCUCAAAUCAGUUACCAACUAGACAUUAUUAUUUUUUUUUAAUAAAAUAAUUGAUCCUUUGUGUUAUUUAUUUAUCUGAAGAAUUUAAAUUACCGGAACAGUAAUUUAAAAAAUAAAAAAAACAACUUUUAAUAAUUUUGUAUAAUCACCAAAAUAAUGAAAAGACGAAAAAUGACAUUUGGUACGUGGGGUUAGAAUAAUAAUCGAAUCAACUUGUUUAAAUAACUUUUGCAAUAGACCCGACAUUAAAAUUUAAGUUGAGUAUUUUAAAAAUGCGAACCAUCAAUCUGUAUGGUAUGGUAUGGUAUCAAAAUAUAGGUGUGACUUCAUCUUAAGUAACUGUCUAUACUCUCGACAAUGCAACAUCGUAAACAGUGACGUGCAAAAACUUCUUUUGAAAAGUAUAAUUGUAAAGUGUAUGUAAUAGCAAAUAUAACUAUAAUUAAAGUAAUUAAAGUGAGAGUAGUGAAGAUACUAUUUUCAAAAUUUCUGUAAUUCUGGUGCGACGGUUGUGGCUGAGUCGAAUUAUAAAUAUUAAAAAUUAUAAUUAUUAGUUUGUAUUUAUAUUUAUUUCCCAUAUUUAUUAAGGGCGAAUAUUGUUUAUGGCAAUCCAACAGCAGAUUUUGACCUGUUCUGUUGUCAUACGGAUUCGGCUAACAAUUCCAGCCAAAUUUAAUAUUAUUUUACAUUUAAAAAAUAAGAAUCCUUUCUUUUUUCAUUAAAAUUUCCUUAUACAGGAUAAAUUUCUGGAUGCGGAAUAAUAAAUUUUGGCAGGAAUAUGAUCAUGAUGAUUGUAAUUUAUUUAAUAAACAUAUUUAUGGUUUCGAACUAUUGUGAUAAAAAUUAUUGCAUAUAGGUACUAAACUCUUCUGUACCAAAAGACACAUUAAAAAUACUAACAAAAAGUGAUCUUAUACCCAAAGGUAUUGGCUAAAACCAAAAUUACGUUUUGGGGUUAUUUAUUACUUUGUUACAUUUUACUAUAAUAUAAUAAUGAUAUAACUAUAAUAUUUAUUAACCAUUUAAGUUCUUCUCCGACACAUCGAUUAGGUAUAUUUAUUAAAUAAAUAAUUGUGUAAAACGUAUCAAAGUUAGGGAACUAGAAUCAACCAUGUUUCCUUAAAUCUAACUUAAUCAGUUGUAGCUAUUUUAAACACAUUCCAAGCUUUAGAAACUUCAUUAGUCAGUAUAAUCAAUUUAUGCAUGUUUCAAGUAUAGUCGGUACAAUUUGUGUUAAUGCAAUAAAAAUUAAAGCAAUAUCGAAGAAAUCGAAAAAUUAAAAAAUAUAUAUGAUACCGUAUAAAAUAAAAUUUGAAGACAGUAAAUAUACAAGCAAAUAUUUAGUUUGUAUUUACGAUAAAACAUCUUCAUCAUUAGUGCCAAAACUGGAACUACUAUAUCAGACAAUGAUCCUUCGUCUACACUAAUAACAGUAUUCGUUUAUCUGUAACUGUCUGGAGAGCUGCCGCCUUCCAAACAGAUACUACUGCCUGCCGUGCCUUGCAUCACAUAUAAUAUUUUUAUUAAAAAAUGUUUUGCACUGAGUCCACACCAAUUCUAUGGCAUUUCAGCAAUUGUUUCGUCUGUAGGAUAUGGCAACUUUGUAUUGUAAUUUUUGUCAAUUUUUAACAACUCAUAUCUGAGACCAUUUUCUGGGUAAUUAAUCUGAAUUUGAUACUCUUUCACUAACUCUGGAAUGAUAUCAUGCAUUAGCCAUAAUAAUUAAAGACGCCCUUUCGAGUUUCGGCAGCAGUGUUUCAAAAAUGCAACCAUGUUUUGUAGGGCAUAUUCCAUAUAGUCUUAAAGGAAUACCAAUUCUCAUACCCCAACGCCCGCCACUAUCUUUGUUUUUUUUAAUAGAACACGUGUUUCCAAAAAUGAAAUGAAACGUCCUACUGAAAUUUCAUCCAAAAGCACAAAUUGAGCCACCGGUUCCGGCAGCAGAAAUCCCCCCCCCCCCACCAUUGCUAGCU